AUGAUUCGACUUGAAACAAACCAGCGAGCAUCCAGAAACAUUCAGGUUAGUAUGUUUGACAGGCAGAAUGAGGUGUUUGAAGUCCGUAAGAUGCCAUCUGGUCAAGAGUACGCAGUCGAUCUACGCCGCCAACAAUGUGAUUGUGGUGAUUUUCAGGUGGAUCGAAUUCCAUGUCACCAUGUGUUUGCAUGUUGUGCAAACCAGUGUCUUAACUGGCAAGUUUAUGUGAAUGAGGUUUACCGGAUGGAUGAGAUCAGAAAGGUCUAUAGAGCCAGAUUUAGGCCACUGAAAAACUCAACUACAUGGUCAGUGGUUGAAAGACCAAGGAUGAUACCUAAUCCUAACCUCAGGAGAGUAUGUAAGGACCGGCCAAAAAUAACUCGGUUCUUGAAUGAAAUGGACAUGCGCGAGAUGCGCGCUCCAAGCGGUGCAGGCUAUGUGGUGCGGAGGGUCACAGCCGUAGUAGAUGUCCUCAUAGAGGUCAAGUGCAGGGAAUAG